CUGAGCUGCUGGCAUAAUACUGGUGCGUGUACUUAUGUCAGUACUAUAUUGACAUAAACAGCGGCUGUUCUUGACCAAGCAUAUGUAAAGCAAUUCUGCGUGAAUAUACGCAAAGAAAGCUCUAGUGAUGGGGAACUCACACUCUCACUUGUGGAAGGGGAAAGACUACCAUGACAGUCAGAGUGACCUGACCACUGGUCCAGAGUACAUAGAUACAAAGAGUGAAGAGGAUGGAAAGAAUGGAGAUGUGUCUCAGUUCCCCUAUGUGGAAUUUACUGGCAGAGACAGUGUCACAUGCCCCACAUGCCAGGGCACUGGCAGAAUACCACGGGGUCAAGAGAACCAGCUUGUGGCUCUGAUUCCAUACAGUGACCAGAGGCUCCAACCAAGGAGAACAAAGCUGUAUGUCACUGUGUCCGUGUCUCUUUGCCUUCUGCUGUCUGGCCUGGCCGUGUUUUUCCUGUUCCCUCGUUCUAUCGACGUCUCCUAUGUGGGGGUGAAGUCUUCCUUCGUCUCCUAUGACCAGGACAAACGGAUUGUCUAUCUCAAUAUCACAAACACUCUGAACAUCACCAAUAACAACUACUACGCUGUAUCCCUGACCAACAUCACAGCCCAAGUGCAGUUCUCUAAGACGGUGAUUGGGAAGGCCCGUAUUAGCAAUGUGACGACCAUCAUACCACUGGAUAAACAGCAGAUUGACUACACGGUUCCCACAGUCAUUGCUGAUGAGAUGAGUUAUAUGUUCGACUAUUGCACCCUGAAGUCCAUAAAGGUUCACAACAUUGUGGUCAUGAUGCAGGUGACUGUGACCACGUCCUACUUUGGGCACUCAGAACAGGUCUCCCAGGAGAUUUACCAGUAUGUGGACUGUGGGGGCAACACCACCUCACUGCAUGGACAUGUGAAGGUGUAUCAGUAAGGCAGUAAAAACACAGCCAUAAUGGAAGCCCAUCUAUCUAAAGGUAGACUAAAGGGUUUAACGAAGUUCCUUUGGGCACACGUCUACUGUAGAAUAGGAGGAACCAUGACUCAGAGAAAGUGAAGUUUACAAGGUGCCAAUGUACAGUUUCAUGAGAGUUUGAUGAUGUUGCAGGUAGAAAAUCUCUUGUGCAAAUUCUUCCUAAUAGAAUGAUCCAAUCCAAUGUGUACAGGCAUUUGAGAUGAAGAUGCACUUUAGCUUUGUAUGGGAAACGCAAUCAUAAGAAAGUAUUUAUACGGCAGAGUUGUUGAUGUAAUGUAACCUGUACCACUAACCUUCCCAGACCACUAGGUAUGGGACAUGCAAUACAAAUAAAGUAAUCUGACAGAAUCAUCGUUUUGAUUAUCACCACCACUAAUCACCCCAAACCACUUUUGCAUGGCCUUUUUCCCCAUAAUUUUUUGUACCAGACAUUUUGUUUUCUUCAAGGAUGUAUUGUUUUGUACAUAAUAGUACUUCCUGAUGUGUGUCGUUACUAUUACAUUUUCAUUCUAAUGAUAGUUAGAUUUAGAUCUAAUUCUGAGGUGACAUAUCAUGUAGGGGUGAAGUCAACGUAAUUAUGAUGACUACUGGACCUGGUAGUUUAUUUUAACAGUAAUUAGAUUGCAACAUAGGAGGAAUCUCGUAUUUUUAUAUCAUUCAAAUACAGUACCUAUAAUGAUUAGAUGUGUUGUUUAUGAUGUGAAUUACUCUUUAAUUGUAAACCUCUGAAUUGUUUGUAGGUUACCUAUUUCAAAAUAUGAUAUUACAUAAAUACCCUCAAUGGUGUUGUAAAACUAGGUUUUUAUUUUAUCUUUGGAAAUCGAUUUUAAGAGGUCAUUUUGUAUCUUAAUUUUUUAUUUGAUGCCCUUUGCCCCUUUCAAUUUGUCAUUGUUGAUCACUGAAACUUGCAAGU